GCUAGUAGAUCUGCCGCCGACAACAGUGAUUAUAGAUAACCCAGAGACACUUGCGCUGAUGCAAACAGACAUCGCCUCUUCGUAGGAGCAGUGUGCUGAAAACCCGAGCCUCCUGGCUUCAAGUCCUUCAAGAGUUUCUGUGGACAGUUAGACCUGGCGAUCUCCAUUGGAUUCCCCAGUAUCCAUAGUACUUCUGCUGUAUAACAGUACCUCGGGAGCAGGUGUUCAAAGGCAGCCGAUCCACUUAUCUAUUCCCGACAACAUAAGGUUAAUCAACCAUGGAUUUCAACCAGUCCGUCCAGUUUGAUACCUAUCCCACGGCCAGCACUGCGUCGCUAGAUUGGUCCAUGGAUCACGGCUUCACCACCAGCUUCGCCAACGACUCUCAGCCCUUCUCCAACCAGACCGUGCCGCCGUUUGCCUUCACCGUGGACAACAUGGUCUGGUCCUCGGUCGAGCUGGUCAUCGCGGCCAUCGGCGCUUUCGCAAACGGCCUCGUCAUCUACGUGAUCGCGAGCAACGCAGACAUGAGGACCGUGCCGAACAUCUACGUCCUCAACCUCUCGGUGGCGGACUUCCUCUACUGCAGCCUCUUCGUGCCGUUCCUCAGCGCCUACGUGCUGAACUCCCGCGGAUGGAUCUUCGGGCAGGCGAUGUGUGUCAUCAACAAGGGCAUCUACGCCGCGACCGUGAACGCCAGUAUCCUCUUCCUCACCGCCAUGAGCGUCGAACGCUUCCGCGCCGUCUCCAACCCGCUGCGCCGAAGAGACCGGGGCUCCGGGACCAAGCGGACCCUCCUGAUCUGCGCCGGGCUCUGGGUCCUCGCGCUGAUCCUCAGCCUCCCGUCCACCAUCUUUGCCAAGGUCAGGUCGGCCUACGGCAUGGAACACUGCUCGAUCUGGGUUCCGUCAGGCGUGAAGGCCACCAAUGAUUUCAUCGGUGCCCUAUUCAUGUACCGCUUCGUCGCCUGGAACGUGGUGCCGCUGUUCAUCCUCGUCCCGACUUACGUCCUGCUCUACAAGCGGAUCAAGGACGGCAUGGAGAUCGCCGUGGCCAUGCAGGCGCGCAGGCGCGCGGAGAACCGAAACCGCGUCACCAAGAUGGUCACCGUCAUCGUCCUGUUCUUCUUCUUCUCCUGGAUCCCCCUCCACGUCACCAACACCAUCGACCACUACGGGGUGCCGCAGUACAACGUUCCCGUGAACGUGCUGUACUUCGUCGGGAUGCUGUCCUCGGCCAACUCGGCGGUCAACCCGUUCCUGUACGCGCUCUUCGGGCAGAGGUUCCGCCUCCACAUCAAGCGGAUCUUGUGCGCAUGCCUUGGUCGCGAGGCAUCCUGGGAGAUGAGCAUGAUGGACACACGCGGCCAUUCGGUACAGUCCAGGCUGUCGCAGGGUUCAAACAAAGGGUUCUUUGCCAUGUUCAGAAACACCUUCAACAAAAGCCGAGAAUCAGACAGUGUUCCCUCAAAGAUGAGUCUGACAGGUGUGCGGAACACUUCAAACCACAGGACCAACCACGUAAAAGUUCACGAAGAUGGCAACAACCGAUUCCAAGAGAUAGUUUUCGUGUCGUCUGUGUAGCUGUUUUAAUUUUCCGCUUGAGUUAUUUUUUGGUUGUUGUUCAGGUGAUUUACGGUUUUAUGUUAGCAGUUUGGCGGUGCCUGCAUCAGUGUGCAUUAAUUGCUUCUUCGCUGCAUCAAUGUUUAUAUAUGACUAUGAAAGAAAGUUGACAUGUAUAUGAGUUUUAAUAUAUGCCUAUUAUCCGCUCAAAUGAGUGUA